AUGUGUCGCAAGUGCUUUGAACAAAAAUGGCCAUCAUCACUCUCCUACUAUGAUGACAAGUUUGAAGAGACGUUAAAACAAGACAGAGAAAUCAAAGAUGUCGUGGAAGGUCUUCACCAACUAUCACUCCCGUGUCGUGAUGACAAAUCUAAAAUAAGAUCAUCAAGGCAAUGUGAAGCCGAACGUGUUAUAGACGAUUGUAUGAAUGGCUUGGCUGUUGUAGGGGGUGCAGUUUUGGGAGCGGCUGCGUUGUUCGGUAUUGGGCUCGCUGUUGGUCUCGGUUCGAAGGAGUUGAGACGUCGCAGAUAUUGA